AUGCCUGGCAAAGCUGGUCAGGCGCCACUGCCACCAUGGGGUAAUGCACUGGCUGGAGCUACAGGAGCUGUCUUAGCCAACGCAAUUGUCUACCCUCUUGACAUAGUCAAGACACGCUUACAGGUCCAGGUGAAACGAAAUCCAGCAGAUCCAGCCCCUCUUACUACCAAUGACGUGCAUUACACAUCAGCCCUCGAUGCUAUCCGAAAGAUCGUUGAUGACGAAGGGGUCUUCGGGCUCUACUCGGGGAUCAACGGGUCACUGAUCGGGGUCGCAUCCACAAACUUUGCCUACUUCUAUUGGUAUUCUGUCGUCCGAACGCUCUAUAUAUCCUCUCGAAACCUUGCCAAGCCUCCAAAUUCCGCAACAGAGCUCUCAUUGGGUGCUGUUGCUGGGGCUGUCGCUCAGGUAUUUACCAUACCAGUAUCUGUAGUCACGACGCGUCAGCAAACGCAGCCAAAGGGCGAUAAGAAGGGCCUAAUAGACACUGGACGGGAGGUGGUAAAUAGCGAGGAUGGUUGGACGGGUCUGUGGAGGGGCCUGAAAGCGAGCUUGGUGCUGGUGGUGAAUCCCGCGAUUACAUACGGUGCAUACCAGAGAUUAAAGGAGCUAUUCUUCCCUGGAAAGACUCAUCUAAGGCCAUGGGAGUCAUUCUUCUUGGGCGCCGCGUCAAAGGCGUUGGCAACUAUAGCCACACAACCGCUGAUUGUUGCCAAAGUAGGCCUCCAGUCGCAACCACCGCCAGCCAGGGAAGGCAAACGAUUCAAGAGCUUCAUUGAAGUCAUGUCUUACAUCAUUGAACAUGAAGGGCCUUUGGCGUUGUUCAAAGGCAUUGCUCCGCAGAUCACCAAGGGAAUCCUCGUACAGGGUUUGCUCAUGAUGACAAAGGAAAGAAUGGAGAUUUUGUUCAUCGUCCUCUUCGCAUACCUGCGUAGAUUAAGGUCGCAAAGGCUACUGAUGGCAGCCGAAGCCGCUGCAUCCAAAGCCAAGGAACUCCUACCUCUCGAUCAAUCAAAGCAAGCUUUGCCCGCACUCAUCAAGUGA